AUGAACCGCUUCUUCCCUUUGGCUGCCCUGGCCGUCGCUCCUCUGGCAGAGGCUCGCUUGAACCGCCUCGUGGAGCGCCACAAUGCCGCCGAGUGCUGUCCCUGCCCGGCGCCCGGCGCUCCGAACCAGCCCGUAACCGUCACCGUCACGCAACAAGCCCCCGCCCCGGCACCGCAGACCGUCACGGUAGAACGAGUAGUCGCUGGGCCUCCUGCGCCCGUCUAUGUUACGCAAAACAACAACAACAAUAACAACAACAUUAAUAACAACAACGUCGGCUAUCAGGGCCAGCCUCAGGCCGUCACCGUCGUCAACAACCGCCCACAGCAAGAGACUCUGACCGUCACCAGCGGCGGCGUGCGCCCCGACCCGGCCCCGUAUGCCGGCUUUCCCAACGUCACCGCCACGGCGGGCCCUCGGGCGACGGACCCCGCUAGUUCCCCCAAGCAGCCCGUCGAGAGCCCGUCCCGGCCCAGGGAGGGCUCGCCCAAUACCACCAAAACGAUCACCGUCAUCCCUCAGCCAAGCGUCCAGGAUGCCCCGGCGGCGCCGGUCACCGUCACCGUGCCGCCCAUGCAGCCUCAGGGCACCGGCACCGGCCCUUACCAGACGGUCACGCAGACGGUCCAGGGCGGCGGGGGCGAUAACAUUGAAAUCAUCAUCAUCAACAUCAACACGGGCGAGACGUCGUGCAAGAAGAAGCACAGCGGCAAGCCCUGCCACAGGGGCCAUGGCAACCCCGUCGUCGUCUCCUCCCGCCCCUGCCCCUCCGCCGCCAACUCGACGAGCAUCGCCACCGUCUUCAACACGGUGAGUGUCGUCGUCGGCGGCCCCUCGAGGCCCUCCAACGGCACGGCGUCGGCCAUGGGAGCCGCCAAGGCGACGGGCAUGACGAAGAGAUCCGAGGGCCGGAAGCCCCGAGCGCCUCUCUCGCCGAGGACCUUCUAA